GAGUAUCAUCAUCAGCAGCAGGACUCUAACUAAACGUGCAGUGUGCUUUUCUUUCGGAUGAAACUUGCCUGUUUGGUUAUAUUACGUGCACAGCGUCGGGCCGCGGUACCUGUGUGUUUGUGGAGAUAAGUAUCACCUCUCACUUCUGAUUAUAGGUGCUCUCCGAUGGUCUGGACUGAGAAGAUCGCGGAGCUAAAAGCCAAGAAGCAUAAAGUUUAAAUGGACUUUAAAUGGGCUGUUGUCGGACUCGUGGUGGUAGCUUCUGUUAAUGGAAUUUACUGACACACAGAAGUAUUCAGCAGGACUUCUGAAAACCACAGAUGCUCAGGAUUAACUGGAUUUCCUUUAGUGUACGUCCGAACUGAGGAAAACAUGACCACCUGCAUUUUAUCACCUUAAUCUUCUUUUAAUUUAUUUAUUUUUGGACUUUUAUUUUCUUACAUCUUCCUAAAGAGAGUAUGAUGAAUUAAGUGGACAAGAAUAGUCUUAGAAGAAGAGCAUCAAUGGACUGAAAGGUUUUACAUUCAGCUUCAAGUGGAAAAGUGCCUCAAGCAAGGUUGGGAGAUAUGUGAAGGAGUGUGACCCACGGCCAUGGGACUGGAGAGACGGUGGCUUCAGGCUGUCAUCACUGCUGUAGCCGUCUGUCUGCUAAGUGCGUCUCAGGGUGUGGCAUCGUUGGUUCAUGCCAGAGAGGGGGACUCUGCAGAGCUGAGCUGUAGUCUUACUUCGGCUUCCAGAGGAGCCACCACCCCUAACCUCUUUCCUUUGCAUGUGGUGGAGUGGGUUCGCCUUGGUUACAAUGUUCCCAUCCUCAUUAAAUUUGGAGUGUAUGCUCCUCGUGUUCAUCCAAACUACAAGGGCCGUGUGUCCCUGACCCGGGGUGCCUCUCUGCUGGUAGAACGGCUGACCCUGGAGGACGAGGGAUGGUUUGAGUGUCGCAUCCUGCUCCUGGAUAGCAAAACAGAUGACUUUCAAAACGGCACAUGGACCUUUCUCUCCAUCACAGCUCCACCUGUGUUUAUCAAGACACCUCCAACUUUUGUUGAAGUUCUACUCGGAGACUCACUGACACUCAGCUGUGGAGCCCAUGGCAACCCUCGACCAACUGUUGUUUGGCAUAAAGAUGAGAGCCUGAUUGAGAAACAUGAGAAAAUAAAAGUGCUCAAUGGUACCUUGUCUUUAGCCUCCGUCUCACGAAAUAUUUCAGGAGUGUACAAAUGUCACGUGUCCAACUCUGAAGGGAACCUGACCCACUCUACGCAGCUGCAGGUCAAAGGUCCUCCAAUCAUCAUCAUCUCUCCAGAGGACACCACUCUGAAUAUGUCCCAGGAUGCAGUUCUGCAGUGCCAGGCUGAUGCCUACCCCUCUAACCUCACCUAUGAAUGGAUGAAACAAGGACAGAAUGUUUACCAUAUUGAGUCUUUAAAGUCUCGAGUGAAGGUUUUGGUGGAUGGAACACUUCUUAUACCAAAUCUUAUUCCAGAAGAUGCUGGCAAUUACACCUGCAUCCCAACUAAUGGGAUACUGACCCCACCCUCAGCCUCUGCACAUCUAAAAGUAAAACAUCCUGCUCGGAUAGGCCGAAUGCCCAGGGAAACAUUUUUGCCUGCUGGUAUGGAGGGGGUCAUCAUCUGCCCUGUCCAGGCUGACCCCCCUGUGCUGUAUGUCAACUGGACCAAAGAUGGGAACAAUCUGAAUCUUGACAAUUUUCCAGGUUGGAUGGUGAACUCUGAGGGUUCUGUUUUUAUAGCAACAGCCAAUGAUAAUGCUGUGGGUAUGUACACGUGUACUGCUUAUAACAGUUACGGCACCAUGGGCCAGUCUGAACCCACCAAGGUCAUUCUGCAGGAUCCACCAUCGUUCCAUGUGCUUCCUCGACCUGAAUAUCUCCAGGAGGUGGGCAGAGAGUUGAUGAUCCCCUGUGAGGCUAUUGGAGAUCCCACUCCAAACAUAACAUGGAGCAAGAUUGGCUCAACUCCUCGUUCUCCUUACACUGUUCUGGCUAAUGGCUCCCUGUUGCUGCAGCCACUCAGUAAGGACCACCAUGGGGGCUGGGAGUGUUUGGCUACUAAUCGUGUUGCCACUGUCAGUGCAGGCACUGUGGUGAUGGUUCUGGGGACUAGCCCACAUGGUGUAUCCUCAGUAUCUGUCAACUCUGAGAUGAACCAAGCCAAUGUGUCAUGGGUGCCUGGUUUUGAUGGUGGUUACACCCAGAAGUUUACUGUAUGGGUCAAACAGGCAUCCAGAGGGAAACAUGAAUGGGCAUCUCUGCCUGUGCCAACAUCAAAAAACUAUCUGCUGGUGACAGGGCUUCUUGCUGGCACCAGUUACCAGUUUAGUGUCCUACCUCAGAAUAAACUUGGCUCUGGACCUUUCAGUGAAAUUGUUUCUGUGCGAACCCUGGCUGUGCCAACAGAAAUACCUCCGCCCUCAUCUCUCCCAUCCCUGGAUCCCCCCAUACUCCUAUCAGCCAACCGGACCAGUCAGGGUGUUCUUCUGCAGUGGUUGCCUCCUGAGACUCUGUUUUCUCUACUGACUGGUUAUGUGCUUCAAGCUCGCAGGAAUCAGGGCCAAUGGGUCAUCCUCAGCAGCAAUAUCAGUGCCAAUCAGAGUGAACUGCUGGUACAAGGACUGCUACGGGACUCCAAUUAUGAUCUGAGGCUGAUGUCUCGGAGCAAUAAAGUCCUAAGUGCCCCAAGUGAUUCUGUGAAUAUAUCCACAAUCGGGAUGGAGAUUUACCCCCUACGGCCAAGUUUCUUGGAAGUUGUCCCCGAGCCCUUGUUGGCUGGUGUGAUAGCAGGAGUGUGCUUCCUGUUUGUGGCCAUCAUCCUGUCCUUGGUAACAGCGUGCUAUAUGAGUCAAAGGAGACAACGCCGGCGCAGAAAGCGGCAACAGGACUUACCUCCUGCCUUCCAGAAGAGUACAUCUCCACAAGCUCGCACGCCACCUCGGAGCCCAGACAGUGUCCUAAAGCUGAAGCUGUGUCCGCCACUUCCCUUCUUCCCCAACUCCUCUUCUGCACAGUCUGAUCGGUCAUCUUUUGAGAAAGGCAGUCGUGGUGAAUACCAUGACCAGCGAAAACAGCUCCUGUCCAACUCAUCUCCACCACCACAUUACACACUGUUUGAGAGUCACCUGGGCUCCCAGGCCCCUUCCCCAACUGCUCUAGAAUCCAUCUCCAGAGGUCCAGAUGGACGCUUCAUUGUGCAACCAUUACAGGAGGGUUCAAGUCCCACAGAUAAGAAAAAUCUCAAAAAGGAUGUCCUGCAAAGUAAUGGUGGGGCAAGUGGCUCAGGGAGCAACCGGACGUCAUUCAGGGACUCCCCAAAGUCAAGUAUCCUGAGCUCAGAAAAGGAUGAGAGAAAGGAUUCCCCGCUUACUGUAGAUGUGCCAGAGUUGAGCAGGCCUCCUUCCUCUCCAGGGAGAGUUCGGGCAAUGGCCAGAAACUUUUCUCGUCACGGGUGCUUUUACUCUGAUGAUGAACAAAGCUCAGAGGCCCUGCUGGAAAGAGCCAGUUUCUAUUCAGACAACAGUGAAAGAAAACCCAGUGAUUCUCUCAGGAGACACCGCAUACCAGGCCACACAGAAGAUCUUUUCCCCAGUUUGGGCCGGAGAGCUAGAGAAAGAGACAGAUCACCCCUUACUGCUUACCAGCCUAUAGAAAAAGAAAGUCAGCUGACAAACAACAGUACUCAGCUCUCACAACUUGACAGUGAGCUGGAGAGGGACAGUGUUAACAAAUGUGUCCAACUAGCAAAGGAAAGGGAAGAAAUAGAGCGGGAGUUGAAGAACUAUACAGCCAAUCAGAGAAGUCAAAGUCAAUUGGAUAAGGCAAAAAACCCUCAAAGAGAACUUCCCAAAUCAGAGGAUGAGCCUAUAUGGAAACCACAAGAUGUUACAAUCAGACACAAACACAGGCCCUCAGGUCAGACCAGUCGGGUAUCUGAUUAUAGGAAGGCUUGUUACUUUGGCAACACUAGCAGCCCCAUGGAUCGGCUCUCUACCUCUCGCAUACAUUGGGACAUAAGUCCUGUUACAUCAGUCACCAGUCUCAUUCCUGUACAGACUCCCAGGGACGCCACAUCUCCCAGGUCACUGCGUCCUCACACAUCUACGGAGGGUUCUCUUCUUGAUUCACCUCGUUCUCCAGUUACCCAGAACACCUCCCUCCCCCUACUCUCCCCUGGUGGUACCUCAGAAAGUUUGGAAAUACCUGAGAGAGCCAGGUCAAUGAGUCCUCCUAGAAGGCCAGAUAUAUGCAGGAAGCUCACAGUAGAGGAGGGUUUGAUGGAAAGAACACUGAGCGGAGGUAUUACUUCAAGGUUUAGAAGUUCAUAUGCUUAUGCUGGCACUCAGCCCUGGGAUUCAGCUGCCAGAAGUUCUCCAGUCACCACAGAGAGGUUGGACAGUCCAGCUCAGGCUUAUAAUCGUCCUGAGCAACCUGUAGAAGUAGAUUACACAUCCACAAGGGAUCCUAGUCCCUCCAGUUAUUCCACCUUACCCUAUGAACACCAUGAAAGGGCAAAAGUAAAAGACAGAGAAUCUCAUAGUCAGGACAACCACAGAGGUUCAGAUUUUUAUUCAGAAAUAGAGCGAGAGGGUGUACGAACACGCUCAAGGAGGAGUGAUAGAUGUCUUAUCUCAGACAGUCCUAGUCCUAUUACAACAUUAACUCUUGUGGAAGAGGUUGAAAGUGACCAGUCUCAAUUUUCUGUCCCCAGAAUGUCAGGGUCUUUCAAGGCCAAACCCACAGCUCAGUCUCCUAAAAUGUCUCCUGUGCAGACAAGUGCAAUUCUUGAAUACCUGAGUCUUCCAGGUUUCAUUGAAAUGAGUGUGGAUGAACCGGUAGAAGAAGGUGAAGUCACAGACACUUCUGGACAAAGUUCAAAAGUGGCUAAGCCAGAUGUAGUUCCUAAAAACUGGGAGGUUCAUGUUCAGGAAACCCGUGGAAAAGACGUAAACCAAAAGGAAGUUCGCUUUGUGCAGAGUGAACAGUCCAUAAGUGCUGCAGAGGCAAGCUUUGGUGCUGGUGAAAAACAAGGUGAUAGACAGUCACUCCAAAUGGAGACUAGAGGUCCCUCACCCAGAGUCAGAUUUCCAGAUGAAAUAAAUUCAUCUUCACAUGGUCCAGAAAAAACUAGCAAACAACUUUAUAAUGAGAAAACACAACUUAGGCUUGAGAACAAAAGCACAGGUAGGCCUGACACCCAACUGGGAUCCAGGUCAGCCCACACCUUGUUUAGUGCAGCUAGAGGCAUGGCAGAUAUAAUGUCAAAACACUCCCAGAGUUUUGGAGACAGUAGUGAGUCUUUAUCAGAGUCAUCCCAAAAACAAGCUUCUCAGGGCAGUAGGAAAAACAAUAUUGCAUCACGAAUAUGUCAAGCUCCUGUGCCAUUUCUGAAAAAAUCCCUAAGCAUUGGCCCUUGUAGAACCCUCUCAGGUGUGGGACGCCCUUUUCUAAAGAAAUCCAUCAGUUUAGGCUCACAGAGGUGGGAACACUUUGAGAGCCCGAGGGCUUACAUUUCAGAAACAUGUUACUGGGAUGAGUUCCCACACCCAGACGUCAGGGUGAAAUCCUACAGUUUGGGUCAUACUCCAUCUUCCCUUCCCCGACCAGGUCCCUCCUGGAGGGAGUAUGUCCCAAUUAGAAGACCCAGCAUAGGCAGCUUAGAGCGGCCUCACCACUCACAAAGAUCUUUAGCUAGUCCUCCCUACCUCACUUCUUCAAUGUACCCACUCAGACAAACCUCAGUCUCCCCGAUGCUGGAACCCUCUGAUCCACGUAGACAAGCUGCUGUUUUUCCAGAGUACGCCAGGUGGUCUCCCUCAUAUCAUGAUAUGCCAACGACUGCCCAUAAAUAUGUCCCUAUGCCUUCCUCCAUUCCUGUGCCCCAGUACCAACACUGGCCAGGGUCCAGAGGGGAAAGCAUGAGACCCAUGGAGCCCAGGAGGGGCCCACCGAGAUCCUACCUGCCCAGAGGCAUCAGCUGGCCUUCACCCUACUAUGCCCCCUUUCCACCCAGGGAAGGAGAGACGUACAGACCACCAGACAGGAUGGUAGGGAGGGCAGGGGAGACUGAAAUUCGAGAGGUCAGGGAGGGGGGAAGGGCCAGCUAUGCUAGUCAAAGCAGUGGUAGAGGAAGUGCUGGUCUCUUCCGCCAGUCCCUGUCCAUCACCCCCACCCUGCUCAGCUCCCCAGAAACCACAGAGGAGGGUGAGCGACACAGAGCUGAGAUGGAGCCACCUGAGAGAAGAGCCAAAAGAAGGAACACAUCAGUAGAUGAAAGUUAUGAAUGGGACUCUGCUGAUGCCUGUGUGGACAUGGAGGUCCUGGAGGCCAUGAAGUUUGAUCAGUCACAUGUUGGUGUUCGGAAAGGGAGACAUGAUCAAAGUGGUGGCCUCCAGGACCAGCGACAGAAAGGCCCAUCUUCCCCAGUCACUCCUCCAGUUUUCAACCCACCUCGCUGCCAGUACAGCCGCUCCCUCAGUGAAGCACGUUUCAACGCUCUCCGCCAGGAGUACCAGGAGUACAGGCGGGCUCAGGAGUCCAUCUGUUCCCGUGAGCCCUGCCUCACCCCUGGCAACGAUUCAGACUCUGACUCCUCAGCACUGCUCUAGCAGCUUAACUCGGUAUGUGUAGAAAAGAUACCAAAUAGCAGUUAUUGACGACAGCACUGUGGUCCUGGACACUGUCCCACCUCACUGGAGCCUUGUCAUGUGGAAGAAGUCACUGUUUAAUGUUUUCAUCCUCUCUUGUAUCACGCUUAAAGCUGGACAGUUUGAAGAGUCACAUCAGUACCUUUUAUGCCAUCAAAUGUGCAAACCAUCUGUAACAACUCAGUUGUUUUCUUUUUCUUGUUCUCUUUCUGUUGUUCUGUGGAAAAUGAUGCUUAGAGAGAAGGGAUUAUUUAUUUUUCAUACAGCUACAUUUUGGGAUUUGUGUUAAACUUUGACAAUCAGACAAACAGGACCUGUUUCAGACAAGGCAUGCUCAUCCUGGACGAAGAUGUGUUUGAACUGAAAAGUCUUAUAAAAGCAAAAGCAUGCUACAUUAAAACGGUUACAUGUCAAGUGAAUUUUGUCGCAUCCAGGAUUAUCUUUGGUCCUUUUGAAGAAGUGAGAUGCUUAUGACAAUUACGUAGGUCUCUGUCCAAGAUAACAUCAGUUUGUAAAAAUGUCUAUAACAUUGUCAGUGUUUGUUAUAUAAUCUUCCACAUCCCUAUUUCACUAAAUGACAAAAGUACUCCAUUAGUAGUACUUAAAUAUUGCACAAACCCAGAAAACAAGCUCUGACUUUCUCCUAAAGCCAUGGGAGGGCCUCCUUAUCUUUAUCUAACGUCAUUAUUACAAACAAUAAUCCACUGUAUUUAUGUUUUUAUGUUUUACGUGCUGGUUCCAUGAAAUCAUCUCCUUUCUCGUGCAUGUUACCUUUCACAAUAGCAUUGUCCUGUUGAGAUGUUAUAGAACAAAUCAUUUAUAAUAGCCUCACAGUAUUUGUUUGUACAUAUGCAUGUACAAAUGUUUAUAUGUACCUUAAUGUGAAUCAACCCUCCUGUUGUAAUGUAUUUCAUCCUUUCAUCACAUGAGAAAAUGCUACUUUACUCCACAUGAAUUGGUUUGACUUUGCCUCAUUUAGUUCUUUGAAAUUAUACUGAAAAACUUGAGAAGACACACAGGGAAAAUGAUUUUUGCCUUAUCUAUGUUAAUAUCUUAAGUACAUUAGUUGAUUGACAUGAAAGGGUUGAGUUCAGAAGCUAUAGUUUAUAAAACAGACCAGAGGAUUAACAAUAACAGAGUUUGUAACUUUUUUUUUUUUUUUUUACAUAGGUUUUGCUCAUGAAGAGUAUUUCUGUGUAUUUAUUGAGAUGAGUUAUGAUAUGCAACUGUUUACAAUUCACAUUACAGAUGUGAAAGCAACACUGUGAAUAUUUCAUCGACUUUUAAUUCUGUAUAUGAAUUGUGAGUCUGUUAUGAAUUUUGUGCCCAUUACCUACUGAAAAAAGUUGUUUUUGUACAUUUCCUGACAGAUGAAAGAAUAACUUGGAUAAUUUUGUAGCUAUUCUUUGGAGAGAGUCAACAUUUGUACUAUAUAUAUACUUAAAUAACCCCAAAGAACAUCUUAUGGAGUGAGUAUGCAUUUCUGAUGAUGGUUUUGGAAGUUUUGUACAAACUGGAAAUUUUUAUAUCUUGCCACCUGGUUGUUAUUGUCAUUUUUAUAUGUUCAUAUGUUUGAUAUGUUUGAAUAAAUUGUUUUAUUCUGAAUGUAUAGGACUAAGAGUUUAAUUUUUGUGUUUUUAAGUAUAGAAAGUGAAUAUUAAAAAAAAAAAAUGUGUGAAGAAUAACUUAUUUAGAUUCUCUACAAUAAGUUAUAAAUUUUCUUUUUAUUGCUGGUACUUACCUUUGCAAGAAUGUUACUCAAGUCUAGUAUGAUUCUGUCACUCCAGGUACUUGAACAU